AUGGGGAAUGCCAGCUUCUUCAUCAUGAACAUCUUUUCUGCCAGCUGUAAUCUCAUUAGUAUGAUUCAUCACACCAUCCCCACAAACAAUUUCACCCAACCAAAAAUAUGUCUCCAUUUUCUAGGAAAGUCUGGAACCACAAUCCGGAUGAAUACAAAUUACUUCAAACUGACGUCAAUAACCGACUUUAUGUUGUACCAGUACCGUGUUGACUUUGCACCAGAAGAGGAAACUACAGCUGCAAAAAUACAGUUGUUGAAAAUCCAUAAGGAAGCUCUGGGAGGAUACAUUUUUGAUGGAAGUGUAAUGUUCACAGCAAAGAAGCUAGAUAAGGAUAUCAUGGAGUUGUACUCCACGAGAGAAACUGAUGGUACUAAAAUGAGAAUAACAGUUAGGCUUGUUGGUGUAUUAUCUACUGGAGAUCCACAGUACCUCCAGGUUUUCAAUAUCUUGGUGCGCCGGUGCCUGCAAGGAUUGAACCUACAGUUGGUUGGCCGUCACUACUUUGAUGCCCAGUCAAGUGUGCCUAUUAGGAAUUACUCUCUUGAGCUCUGGCCCGGAUACAUAACGUCAAUCCGACAGCACGAAGAUGAAAUACUCAUGUGUACAGAAAUUACCCACAAAGUCAUGCGCAUGGAAACUGUACACGACAUUCUUAAAAGAGUAGUACAAAACAAUCCACAAAAUUUCAAGGAGGAGUUUAAGAAGAAGGUGAUAGGAUCAAUUGUUUUAACAGACUACUCAAACAAAACAUACAGAGUGGAUGAUGUUGAUUUUACUGUCUCACCAAGAAAUACCUUCAAGAGACCAUCUGGAGAAAUUUGUUAUAUGGAUUAUUAUAAAAAUGCUUAUGGGAUAAUCAUAAAAGACCAACAACAACCGCUACUUGUCUCUCAACCAAAACAAAGGGACCGGAGGAGAGGAAUUAACAACCUGAUUUAUCUGAUUCCUGAAUUGUGCCGCACAACAGGUAUCACUGAUGAAAUGAGGUCAAAUUUCAGCCUCAUGCGAGCAUUAGCUGAACAUACCCGCCUCGGACCAGCUACUCGCCAGGAAAGGCUACGUAAAUUUCAAGACCGUUUAAGAACAAAUCCACAGGUACAGAAAGAUCUGAAGCAGUGGAACAUGUCGCUCAGUGAUGAGCUGGUGACAGUACCAGCAAGGGUUUUGGAUCCUGAAAAAAUAUUUUUGCAGAAGGCACAAUGCACUGUUGGACAAAAAAAUGAUUGGACUCAGGAAGUAAAAUCUAGAGGCCUUCUAAGUGCUCCUGUACUCAAGAAAUGGGGAAUUCUGUGCCCAAAUUCACAGUUGCGGGCUUGUAGGGAAUUUCAAUUCACUCUUCAGAAAGCUGCUGCAGCCAUUGAUUUUAAAAUUGAAGAUGGUGUAGUGUAUUCAGUUCAAGAAGAACAAGGGAUUGCGGGCUACAUCCAAGCUUUGGAUCAUUUGUUGUCAUCUUUUACUCCUCAAAUAAUAUUAAUAAUUUUGCAAAACAAACGAGCUGAUAGAUACAAUGCAUUGAAACGAAGAUGCUGUGUGGAUAGAGCUGUUGCUACACAGGUUGUUCUCCUGAAAAACACAGAGGGGAAAAACAUUUUCUCUGUUGCCUCAAAAAUAGUAAUUCAAAUGUGUUGUAAAAUUGGAGGAGCUCCUUGGAGUGUAGAAAUACCACUAAGUGGUCUAAUGGUUGUUGGCUUUGAUGUUUACCAUGACACAGCAAGUCGUGGAGUCUCCAUUGGUGCUCUUGUAGCAUCCAUGAACAAGGCUCUGAGUAGAUACUUCUCUGCUGUGAGCUACCAACAUUCUGGUGAAGAGCUAUCUAAUGAACUGAGUAUUAAUAUGUGCAAGGCUCUUCAAAAAUUUCAAACAAUGAAUGGCUCCUUGCCAGAAAGAAUAAUAGUUUAUAGGGAUGGUGUGGGGGAAGGUCAGAUCCCCUUCGUCAUGGAACAUGAAGUUGAACUAUUAAAGGGACGUUUGAAGGAAAUAUAUGGGGGUCGUACUGCAAAAAUGACUUUCAUAAUUGUUACAAAAAGGAUAAAUUCAAGAGUAUUCCAUGAUAAACAGAAUCCUCCACCUGGGACCAUUGUGGAUGAUGUAAUAACACUUGCUCAGAGAUAUGACUUCUUUCUUGUAUCACAAUCAGUGCGCCAAGGGACAGUGAGUCCAACAUCUUACAAUAUUAUUUAUGACCACCUUGGCUUGGAUCCAGAUAAAAUACAGCGUCUUACAUAUAAAUUGACUCACAUGUACUUCAACUGGAGUGGCACAGUGAGAGUACCGGCACCAGUUCAAUAUGCUCACAAGUUGGCAUUCUUGGUAGGACAAUCUCUCCACACUCGACCAAGCAAUGCAUUAGAGGAUUUUCUGUAUUUCCUGUAG